AAGAGUCGAACCGGGACGGAGAAGCUAUGCGUAAAUAAUACUGACUAUCGAAGCACGGAUCAGUGUCGGUGUUUCGCGGUGAUGACGAGACUGUGAUUUACGUUUGUGGAAUUUCCAAGUUUUACGCUAGCCAUUGUUUUCCGUGAAAUGAAAUUGGAGCGGGAAUCAACGACACCAUUCCUGAACGCGGAUAACGAGUCCAAGAUAGAGCCGGAUGAAACGGUGGCGGAAAUGUCAGGGUUUUCCAGAAGAAAUUGGAUCGGAAAGCUCGGGAAUUAUUCACCGUGCAAACACCAAGUUUCGAGUAGCCCCUCGAGGAUGAACGCGACAAGAGCCCUGGAGAAGGAUAGUAUUGGCGACAACUGUGAGCCUCGAAACGGGACUCUGACUUGUCGCGAAAGUUACGGAUCGUCCGAAACCACUCAAGAGAUGCCAGACCUGGAGAGCAUUAUACGCGAGUUCGAGAUGGGCUUUCUGUCGCCGACGAAAGAAGAAGAUCCCGAUGUCGAUGCCGCCAAGCGAAGCAACUUCGUUAAGAAGAUCGUUGCAGCGUUCGAGGUCAAGUACAAGACUUACAACGAUCUCAAGGUAGCCCGAGAAGCCACGGAGAACCAAGGGCGAGAGGACAUGAAACGGGAGUCCGUAACGAUGAAAGUGGUUAAACGGAGAUCUGCGAUGUUUGGCAACCUUUCGAGCAACAGUUACGAGGAGUCGAAAGAAAAUGGAAAGGCACCGACAGGAAAGUUUGGAAUCGUUUGGACGCCUUCGAAUAAUAAUUCCGAAGACUCGAAGGGGAAAGGGAAGCCUCUCGAGAUCGCCGACAACAAGGUCGGAGAUGGCGUCGAUGUUUUAGAGGAAACGGUAAAUGGCGAGAAAAGUUGUAUCCUCUCGAGUCCAGGAGCCAAGUCCGAAGAUUCCAGGAGCUUCAGGACAUCGAGUUCGCAUUUUGAUCCGAUAUCUUUCAGCGACACGAGAAUAAUAGAUUCGGUGGACCUCGACGUGACUAUUCCGGUUCCGGAUGAGGGGAUAUUCGUCGAGGUGAACGGUUUUCGGAAGACAAGCACGAUGAUCGGGGAGUUGCCGCCAACGGAAACUGUUAAAAACGAGACUCGGCAGGUGUCGUUUGCCGACAAAACGCCGAAAAUUGUCGGGGCGUUUUUGAAGAAGCCUAUCGAGGUCGAAGACACGUCCAUCGAUUGGAUACCAAUCACCGGAAAGCGACUGCCUCGCAAGAGGUCCUUGAAGAAGCUACUUGCCUCGUUUACCGGUAAGAAGUUGUUGGAGAAAAAGGGCAAGUUGUACUCCUCGGAGAAGAAUCUGAACGAGGAGCAGCGCGAACUCCACGAUUCCGGAUACGACGAGAGGUCCUGCUCCUCGUCUUCCUUGACAUCUCUAAUUUCCAUUACGGAGGUUCUGUUGCAUCAGGAGAACAGCUACGUCGAACCGGAAAGGAGAACCACCUUGAGUACAUUCCGGUCCAGGAAUUCGUUGAACGAGGACGAGGACGAAACGUUCCACAACUCGACGAUCUCUACCACGCGGGGACCGGGCGGAAAGAAGCUGCUCCUAACCGAGGUACCGCGCGAAGAACUGAAGCUAGAUCUCGGACCAGCCUACCCUCAACCUUCGAAAAUCCUGACCAUGUCUCUGGAUCGGAAGCCGAUUGGCAAAAAAGGUUCCAGCCCAGCUCCUGCGCGCUUCCGUCUUCCGAAAAUACCAAAGCAUCCGUGCCACGCGAGUAUACCCAAACAUCCGUUCGUUUCCGUGACAAAUAUGGACGUGGUUCGAAAUCCUUGCGUUUCGGAAUCAUCUGUGAUCGUCAAAAACGACCUGUACGAGGUGGAGUUCCGCAGAAGCAGCGUGGAUCUUAACUCGGUGGCUGACUCCUGUCGCAGCUCUUCCUCUACAGGCAGCAGUUACGACAUCCCGAGAACGUUCCUCUCGAAAUCUGAAACAGAAAUCGCGAAAGCUUGCCGCGCUUUGACCAGCAGAGAUAGCGCGGAGACGGUGUACGAUGUUCCAAGAGCAGCCUGCGAUUACCAAAGGCCGAGAUCCAGCGUUUACGAAGACGCGAUUUCGUUGAAGAGGAGAAGCUUCGGCACGAUGAAUUCGGGAUGGAUCUGUCCUGAUUUUCGCGGUCUUCCCAAUUACACGGAUAGCCCGCGCCGUUACGCCACCAUCGACUCGAGAAUCGGUAGGAUUUACCACGGUGGAGACCUGCAGAAUCCUAACGAUCCUAUCUACGACUUACCCAUCACAAACAAGAACAUACCUUCCUUCUAAACACUGCCAAAAAUUUUGCAAAUGCGCGUACGUGCUCUACUUCCUGUUACUCGAUCCGUAAACGUUCAACAUUUGGAUAGAUGCUUUAAUUUAUGUUUAAGGUAUAGGGUUAUAGAGGCUACCGACGCGAUCGAUCGUUCGAUUCAACGACUUUUUAUUCGUUCAACCCGAGACGUUACUUUACUCUCUAUUCGAAAUUUUAACCUUUGCCUAAUCAACAACUUUCUUACAAUGUGACUUAUCCUUUAUUCGUUAUUAGAAACUCGAUAUCAAGAGAAGAAUUUGGUAAAUUUUCGCUUCGAUUUACGCGACGCGACAAUCGAGUCUUCAACUGUAUAUGUGGUAUGAUUCGCACGAAGAAAAUUGUACAAAUAUUUUAAAAAAUUGAUAUAGUACUCGCGAUUCUUGUUAGUAUAACUUUGGAGUUUUUUAGGGUUUGGCUGUAGUAGGCGAGCGAGCAGUAUUUCAUCCUAGUUUUAAUCUUAUGCUUGCGAAAGCUGCAUGGAUUUUGCGUUUUUGCGCCGCGUAGUCUCGUAUAUUUCGCGAGAAAUAUUUUACGAGAUCUUUCGAUGCGACCAAUGAGACGGGGUUCUCUUUUAUUGGCGAAAGUAAAAGUUCCUCGAACUUGCCGUAAAAUUGGUGAAAGCGUGUAUGUGUAGUCUUCCCAUUUCCGAUGGAAAUGUUUGUACGAAAGACUCUUCCGUAUGGUGGUAUAGAUUCAUAAUUUGUCCAAUUUGUUUUCGCUUCGAAAACAAUCGAGGAGAACGAAACUUUGAAACGAUGCGCAGUCUCGUAUAUUUCCGUAAAGAAAUAUUCACGAAAGACUCGAAGCGGGCGUUGAAAUGGUACGCGUACCUUGUGAUCCUGCAACGUAUCGUCCCUAUGUAUACGCGGCAUGUACCACCUGUAUGUACAUUCCUGUAUUUUAAGAGUUAGGUAUAUCGUCGAUGUAAUUGUGAAUACGUUACAAUAGAUUCGUGACUGCCAAUUAAGUAUCGCAUAGGUAUGGCUGUUUUACUUGUACAUAUGUACCACGACGUAUUAUAUUGUACAUAUGUGUACACACGUACACGCUCGUGUUGGACUUUUUAAAUAAAUAUUCUUACAACGUUGGAAAA